AUGGCUCAGUUGCAGCCUCGCCGCCGCUGGCGCUCCUCACUAGCCUCGGGCUUCCGCGCCGCCCUGGCCUGCACCAUCGUCGGCGUGGCCUCUAUCUACGCCCCGCCCGCCAUCCGCUGCCACCUCACCUUCCCGGCCUUCUCCUACGUCGUCACCGUGAUCAUAGUCGUCGACGCCACCCUCGGCAGCGCCGUGCGCGCCGCCCUCAGCGCAGUCCAGGCCACCGCCAUGGGCGCCGUGCCGUCGGUCCUGCCGCUGUGGCUGGCGCACCGCACCGGCGCCGGGGAGUCGGUGGUGGCGACGACGGUGGUGGUGGCGCUGAGCACGUUUGCAGUGGCGCUGCCGGGGUCGGGGGCGGUGGCGAAGCGGAUAGCGCUGGGGCAGAUAAUCAUCAUAUACGUGGCGAGGUUCAGGCAGGAGAGCAUGCGGCGGUCAGAUGGAGAUGGGGCGGUGCUGCUGCACCCGGCGAACGUGGUGGCGUGUACGGCGCUCGGGGUGGUGGCUGCGCUGCUGGCUGUGUUGCUUCCCUGCCCGCGGCUGGCCACGCAGGAGGUCAGGGCCAACAAGGCCGCCUACUUGGAGGUCGCGGCGGAGAGGGUCAGGCUGCUGGCCCACGCCUUCCGCUUAAUGCAGCUCGACGCUGCUGCAGGGUCAUCGUCGUCGACCUAUUGCUGCGGACGCCGGAGGCAGUGGGUGGCCGCCUGCAUCAUCUCGCAGGCCGACCGCGCCGCCUCCGCAGCCGCCCUCCUCCGCCGCCGCAUAACCUCCGCCCAAGGUGAUUUGCAGUGGGAGCGAAUGCCGGCGCUGCUGAAACGGUGGUGCGGGGGCGGCUGGGAUGACGAUGAAGAGGAUCAACAGGUGCACGACUUGAUAGAGAUGCCUCUGCGAGGGAUGGAGAUGGCCUGCAUCCAGAUGCACAAGCGUGCACCCAACAGCAGCAGCAUCUGCCCAACACCAACACUAACAUGGCUGCAGCAGGCCACGGACCAAGUACGCCUCACCCUGCUCACAAGACGCAGUUGCAGCGGCAUGGAGAUGGCCAAACAUGGGUAUGGAGUUGUGGUGCCGGAGCAGCUGCCCCCUUUAGCCUUCCUCUUCUGCAUGGAUCUCCUCCUCCACGGAUCAUCACCUCCUAAGCUGCCGCCUGCAGACGCUGCCUCCCAAUGCGAUGGAAACACCAAAGACGAUGAAGAGCAGAGGAAACACCGCCCGUGGCCAUGGCACAAGGAAGCAAGGACGACAAGGCUGGUGGCGGCGGCCAAGUGCGCCUUUUCGCUGGGCCUCGCCGUCCUGCUCGGCCUGCUCUUCAGUAGCGACCACGGCUUCUGGGCGGGGCUCAUCGUGGCCACCACAAUGGCGACCGAACGCGAGUGGACCUGGGCUCUCGCCAUUGCACGUGCCCACGGCACCGCCCUCGGUUCCGUGUACGGGGCCCUGGCCUGCCUCCUCAUCGACAAGCGUCGCCUCAUGGAGCUGCGCUUCCUUGCGCUCCUCCCCUGGCUCAUCCUCACCGCCGGCUUCCUAAAGCGCAGCCGCGCCUACGGCCCAGCUGGGGGCGUAGCGGCGGCGGUGUCAGGCAUCAUCAUCGUGGGUCGCCGCUACGACGAGCCGCCCAUGGCGUUCACCGUGUCGCGCCUGGUGGAGACCUUCAUAGGCCUCGCCUGCACUGUCGUGGCCGACCUCGUCUUCCAGCCCGCCGCCAGGCCAUCCGCCAAGGCCACGAAGCAGCUGGCGCGCUGCCUCGCCACCCUGGCAUGCUGCUUCAACGACGACGACUCUUGGGGUGGACAGACGUCGACGAAGGUGAAGGCGGUGCAGGAGCAGGUGGCCCUGCUCAAGAGAUAUGUGGCAGAGGCUGCCGGCGAGCCCCAUUUCCUGUGGUCGGUGCCAUUCCCCGCGAGCUGCUACGACAAGGUAGCAGGGAGGCUGGACAGGAUGGCCCAGCUGCUCUGCCUCUACACGAAGGCGCUUGCGGUGACACCACCAGCAGAUGAGGCGGCGGAUGCAAUCCACCGCUUCCACGGCCUCGUCUCCGCCUCCCUCGACCACACCAGCGCCCUUCUCCACCGGCCCAGCGACGAUGAGAAGCAGCGCAAGGACCUGGAGGCCGGCAUCCGGCUCAGCAGCUGUUGCUGCGAUGACGACGAGGCACCAGAGACGUUGGUGCAGUCGUUCCUCGGCCACGCCUUGUUGCAGCAGCCACAACAGCAGCAAGGAGCAUCAGCCAUGGCUUCGAUUGGGUUCUGCAUGGGCGAAAUGGCCAAGGAGGCCAUGCAGAUGGAGGCUGACAUGCUCGACCUCACGCUCCGUUCCUCUCUUCCUCGGCAUAUCACUAUAAUUCAUUAGGAUCUCUCUACCAUAUAUGUUUGUUUGUGUACAA